UAUUAUAUAAGACCCCCUGCUUGUGCGCUAAAGCCCGCCCCCCCAAGCCUUCUCCGCUCCUGUCAGGCAGCCCCAGUCAGUGAGUGAGAGACCCGGGAUGGAGAAUCUGCUGGAGAACCCGGUUCGGGCGGUUCUGUACCUGCGGGAACUCACCACCAUCGUACAGAACCAGCAGAGCCUCAUCCACACCCAGCGGCAGCGCAUAGACGAGCUGGAGAGGCGACUGGAUCAGAUCGGCAGUGAGAACCGGAACCUUCGGGGGCAUCAGCUGCCCCAGGAACAAACCCAGAGCUCAGGGGAAACCCACAAUGCCGGACCGGCCGUGCCCAGCGGGCAGAACCAGAACCAGGUACCGGCGGAAAGCAGUGCGCAAACAGAGGCGCAAAACCAGCAUCAGCAUCAGCUUCCCGCAGCGGCCCCCCAGCCGGAGGAGCCGGAGCCUGUGCCCAGCUGUGCCGCCCGGAGCUCCCCGCAGAUCCAUCAGCACAAGCCCCCGGCCCUGUGUAAGGCCAUCCUGGGCAGGAAUGCGGAAAACGAGACGGUGUUGCAUCAGUUCUGCUGUCCUGUUGCCGAUGCCGAGCAGAAACCUUCUCCACCGAGUGAUGAAUCUGCCAAUAAGAAGAUGAUCUGUUCGGCACUGGAGACCCAGGACCACGAAAAGCCCACCAAUCACAAGCCAGCCGGAGAGGAGGAACAAGCGAGUGAAGCUGGUCUUCACCACACAGAUUCGCCAGUAAGAAUACAGAGAGGGAAGGGGCCAACCAGCUGCUCACAUACGACCAACAACACGGAUUAUGAACUCCCUCUGGAUCUCAAGAACAAGCAGAUUGAAAUGUUAGAGCACAAAUAUGGAGGUCAUUUGGUGUCCAGACGAGCAGCAUGCACAAUCCAGACAGCCUUUAGGCAGUACCAGCUCAGCAAAAACUUUGAGAAGAUCCGAGACUCCCUGCUGCAGAGCCGCUUGCCCCGGCGAAUCUCUCUGCGCAAGGUGCGGGUGCAUAAUCCAGAGAGCAUUCCUCCGGCUGAGAAGGCUUUGUUGGAUAGUUACAACCUGAUGGGAAUUCCAUUGGUUCGUUCACCAUCCCUCCCUGCUACUAUUAGUGGGGCACUGACAGAGCUGGAAGACUCCUUCACUGAGCAGGUUCAGGCUCUGGCUAAGUCAAUCGAUGAUGCCCUCAGCACUUGGAGCCUGAAGACCAUGUGUGCCUUCCCUGAGGCUGGGUCCUACCAAAUUCGAGAAGCAUUUAUGCAGCAAAACCCAGAGCUGGAGCCGCCCAAGAUGGAGGAGAGAGAGACUGAAGAAGGCCAACUUGGGACUCUGCCCAAAAGCAGUAGUACAUUGAUGAUGGCCUUCAGAGAUGUCACAGUUCAGAUAGACAACAACAACAUUUCUGUUUCUUCAUCCACCUCGCUUUCUAUGUCCAACUGCUUGGCUGGAUCUCAGACCCCAAAGCCCAACGAAGACCGGGUUUGCGGAGAAGUGGCUUCAGAACCCUCACCUACUCAGGAGGCUUUGACUCAUGAUAAUCACAUUGCACAGAACUCCUUCCCAGAAGUCAAUGGGGAUGGCAUAGGAAGGGAGUUGGUAGGGCCCAUACAAACUGAAGGUGAAGCCACCGACCUCUCUGAGCAGCUCAGCAGCAGUAGUACCUCCACUUCUGCCAAAUCUGUCUCUGAGGUUUCUUCUAAGGAAGCCUUGCAGGCCAUGAUCCUCAGCCUUCCCCGGUAUUCUUGCGAAAAUCCAGCCAGCUGCCGGUCCCCGACCCUGUCCACCGAUACCAUGAGGAAGCGGCUCUACCGCAUUGGGCUUAAUCUCUUCAAUGUUAAUCCCGACAAGGGCAUCCAGUUCCUCAUCUCUCGAGGUUUUAUUCCCGACACCCCCAUUGGGGUGGCCCAUUUCCUGCUGCAGAGGAAAGGCCUGAGCCGUCAGAUGAUUGGGGAAUUUCUUGGGAAUAGCAAGAAGCAGUUCAACCACGAUGUCCUGGACUGCGUUGUGGAUGAAAUGGAUUUCUCCAACAUGGAACUGGACGAGGCUCUGCGAAAAUUCCAGGCUCAUAUCCGGGUACAGGGUGAAGCUCAGAAAGUAGAGCGAUUGAUUGAAGCCUUUAGUCAGCGUUACUGUAUGUGUAAUCCGGAAAUUGUACAACAGUUCCACAACCCGGACACCAUCUUCAUCUUAGCCUUUGCAAUCAUCUUGUUGAACACCGACAUGUACAGUCCAAGCAUAAAACCAGACCGUAAGAUGAUGCUGGAGGAUUUCAUCAGGAACCUAAGAGGAGUAGAUGACGGGGCUGACAUUCCAAAGGAUAUGGUGGUUGGCAUCUACGAGCGAAUACAACAGAAAGAGUUAAAAUCAAACGAGGAUCAUGUGACCUAUGUGACCAAGGUGGAAAAGUCCAUUGUGGGCAUGAAAAGUGUGCUGUCUGUCCCGCACCGGCGUCUGGUUUGCUGCAGCCGCUUGUUUGAGGUUACAGAUGUCAACAAAGUGCAGAAACAGGCAGCUCAUCAGCGAGAGGUCUUCCUUUUCAAUGACCUGCUGCUGAUCCUGAAACUUUGCCCCAAGAAGAAGACAUCGUCCACCUACACGUUCUGCCGAGCGGUUCCCCUGGUUGGGCUUCAGUUCCACCUUUAUGAGAACGAAUAUUACCCCCAUGGGAUCACCCUGGUCAGCCCUCUCUCCAGCUCAGAGAAGAAGCUCGUGUUGCACUUCUGUGCUAUAAGCUCAGAAGAACUGCAAAAAUUUCUGGAGGAUCUAAAAGAGUCCAUCUGCGAAGUGACGGAGAUGGAGCAGAUUCGCAUCGAAUGUGAGCAAAAGUGUGAGCGUCAGUGUACAGAUGUUUACAUUGAUACAUGUAAGCAUCUGUCCCAAUAUGCACGGGAGCUAGAGAGGCAACACACAGGGCACACUGCCCCAGCAAAGACAAACGGAUCCCAGUUGGAUGUUCAGAUCAAGCAGGAAUCCCCAACUGGUGUCAAUUCACAACAGGCUUCAGACGUCCCAGCACAUCGACCCCCAGGGGCCAGAGAAUGGAGCUCCGGGCAGCACGGCUCUUAACGAGCGGCGGGAGUCUCUGCAGGCCGCCCGUUACGACCGGCUUCUGCAGUGUCAGCAGAUUGUCAAGGUGAUUGUGCUGGACACACCUGGCCGGGCACUGCCCGCUCUUGACACUCCCGGUCCGGCAUUGCCCGCUGCCAACCAGACUGUCACCCGAUACUUGUCUGGGUCCUGCUCUUCAACUCCCCUGAGAAGCAUUGGAGGGAGCGCCCACCAACCCCCUCUACCCCCUCCUCCACCUCCUUAUAAUCACCCUCAUCAGUACUGCCCCCCAGGGGUUCUGCUCAGAGAGCGAAGGUACUCCAGUGGCUCCCGGAGCCUGGUUUAGCGCUGAAACCCGCUUUGUUCUAUAGAGUAACCUACCUGCACUCAGUGGCCCUUGCACACUUACCAUCCCUUGCAUAGUGAUGCCUGCCAGCUACAUGGAAUCUUAAGAUUUUCCUUUUGCACCUUUACCUUAACAUCCUUGGGUCUCAACACAUCGCAGUGCAUCCCACAAUGCAUUCCUCACACUUUUUAUGCCCCACAGAGUGUAUUUCUAGUAGCUAAGACCUCUCUCCCAAAUGGUUUUAUUGUGGGGAACCCUUUGUAUUAGCACCUCCUGAAUAUUGCCCCCCAACCCAACUUCUCCUGCUCCCAUCCAUCCCAUAUGGCAGCCACACAACCAUCGCUCUGCUGGAUUCCAUCACUCUUUUGCUGGACAGAACUGGAACAUUGGGAGACUCGAAAUGAGUUGUUUUUGCACAAUUGCUGUGAAAAUGUUUUGAUACUGGAAGAAUAUUCAUCUGGACUCAAGUGCUACAACGACCUACAAGAGAUGGAAGGUGAUUAUCCGUGAAGAAAUGGACUGUAUACACAUUGAUUUUCCAAAGCAUGAAAGAGAUCAUAGUUACAUAAGCUUAAUCUACCCUGGUCCACUGGACCAUAGCAACCUAUCAGCAGGGAGCUUUGACUGGUCUAGAAUAAUGAAAGGAAAUGGUUCAUUGGAUGCUGUGGGUUAGCAACCAGGGGCAUAUUUUGCGCAUGUUAGUACUGCUUCAAAUUACAUCUUGCGCAAUGGUAUAUAUCAUUUACAGUCAUUUAGAGAUAACAACUUUGUAAUGUUAUGGAGAUGGAUUUAAAGAGAUGAAACUAUAUAUUACACAUAAAUACCAAAUCCCUGCACAGUUGUCUUCAUACAGUCCCAGGUAGGGGCACCAGCCCUUGGUUGUGCCCAUUAUAUGGGCCUAGCAGAGUAGCAUUUCUAAGAAAAAGGCUUAUUGGAAAACCCAAGCAGUUAUAGUAGAGAUAUAGAGAGAUGUUGCCUGUAGUAGUAGUGGGAUAAUAGCCUCUGGGAAGGGACUGGGGCUGGGGGAUAGCAGGUAUAGUAGGGAGAGAUGGUGCCUAUAGUAGCAGUGGGGGGAUAAUAGCCUCUGGGAAGGGACUGGGGCUGUGGGAUAGCAGGUAUAGUAGGGAGAGAUGGUGCCUAUA